AUGGGAUAUGGUUUUAGCCACAAGCUUGUGGAAGACCUAGAGCUUGUGUAUAAGGCCGAGUUGGAUCCCAGGAUCAGAUCUGAACCCAACCUGCUAAGAAUGAAGGAAGACAAGGACAAGGUGGAGGAAGGACAGAGGAGGAGGAAGACAAGGAAACAUAUAGGAGGACACAAGGACAGAGGAGAGAGGAGGACAAGAGGAGUGGAGGAAGAUCUGGAGGAAGACAAGGAGGAGGAAGAGGAGGAGGAGGAAGAGGAAGGACAAGAGAAGGAGGAGGAGGAAGACAAGGAGGAGAAGGACAAGGAAGAGGAAGAGGAGGAAGACAGGAAGGAGGAGGAAGACAAGGAGACAAGGAAUGAGGAAGAGAAAGAGGAGGAAGACAAGGAGGAGUGGAGGACAAGGAGGAGGAGGAAGACAAGGAGGAUAGAAAUAGUUAGAGGUGGAGGAAAACACAAGGAAGAGGAGAGAGUGAGGAGACAAGGUGGUAUACAGGAGAAGAAGAGGUUAUAG